AUGGCGGCUACAGGUAAAACUAUCGUACUCAUCACUGGCGCGAACAGUGGCAUCGGUUUCGAGCUUGCGGCUCAGCUUCUAACCAGAAGCUCAUACCACGUGAUUGUCACGUCGCGCUCACAUGAGAAAGGACAAACUGCGAUGCAAAGCUUGCACUCACGCGACCUUUCGGGAUCAUCAGAGUACCUUCAACUCGACGUGACGGACGACGCAACUAUUCAAGCUGCAGCACAGACAAUUAGCAAGAAUCACGGAAGACUCGACAUCCUUGUCAACAAUGCCGCCGUCUCGGCCAUGAACCCUCCUCUUCGCGAACAAAUGCGACAAGCUUUCGACACAAACGCCACGGGCCCUGCAAUCUUGACCGCAGCUCUCUUACCUCUACUCCAGAAAUCUACCAUGUCGCCUAGAGUCAUCAAUAUAUCCAGUGGUGUAGGCUCAAUCUCUCGCCGCUUGGAUCCGCAAAAUCCUCGUUACAAUGCCAAAGAGCAGCACGUGCAGUAUCGAGCUAGCAAAGCUGCACUCAACAUGGUAACUGCAUGCCAAUUUGUCGAGUACAAGCCUCUGGGUAUCAAAGUGUUCGCGUACGAUCCUGGCUUCACGCAGUCCAACCUCAGUACCAUGAACACCAAGGGGAACGGCGCUAGGGCUGCUGCAGAAUCGGUCGCACCCCUGAUUGAUGUCCUGGAGGGCAAGAGAGACGAUGAAGCAGGGAUGUUCCUACAUAACACUGGGACUUACGAGUGGUAG